GUUUUAAGUUAUAAAAAUAUGAAUUUAGGUUCUACCUAGAUAGGAGCUGUCAGUAGUUAUUGUUCCAUGUGACAUGAUGAUGAUGAUACCGGCCUCGGUGGCGUCGUGGUUAAGCCAUUAGACUACAGGCUGGUAGGUACAGGGUUUGCAACCCGGUACCGGCUCCAACCCAGAGCGAGUUCUUAAGGGUUCAUUCAACAAGGCCACUACACCCUCUUCUCUCUCGGUAACCACUAACCAAUUAACUCACUGUGCAGGACGGUAUGCGGUCAAAACGGCCCCAUGUUGAUGAUGAUGAUCAUGAUGAAACGGCCCUGAACAUUUUGAUGCUGAAGACACUUACUACAGAUCUCUGGAAAGCAAAAGUGAAACAGACACCGAUGCAACAGGUGAUCAGUCAAAAUAAUAACUUAGAAAGUUAUUCAUCUGAUCUGUUUCAAAUUGGUUCAUGUUUUUGUGUUAACUACUUCAAAAGAAAUCACAAAUCAGAACAAGAAACAGAAAAAAAUGGAAACUGUAAAGAAAACUAGUAAUAAAGGUGGUUACGAUGUCAUAGAUAUUUGCUCAGGCAAGGAAAAAACUACAAAUGUUUUUGAGAAAAUGAAGAAGAAAGCUGUUAGUGCAGAAGUAAUUAAUGUAAAAACCUCAUUAAAUAACAGUGAUGAGAAAAUACUGAAAUGUAACCCUGUUUCGCCUUUCAAGUCGAACACUUCAUUGUUAAAAAAACAAAGAAGUAAAACGCAUGAAAUGUCAGACAGUGGAUCUGAAAGUGAUAACAGUAAUGAACUGAAGUUGAAACACAAAACCAAUGUUAAGUCCCCAAACGUCAUUGAUAAAUUGACAUUAUCUCCAUCAAAACAUCCUUUACAUCUCACUUCAAAAUCACAUUCUGUAAAAAUAAAACACAGUGAACGACAUGACAUAUCGGACAGCGAUUCAGACGACGAUUCAGACGACGGCAGUGAAAGGAAUAGUCGACAUACCAGAAAAGCUGAGCUUUCCACAGAUUCAUCUCAGAAAUACUCCACAUUGCUACAUGAUAAAAUGAAAUCAAAGGGUACCUCACCCAGGCUGGAGAAACCUUCAGCUUUAGUAAUGAGAAAGAGUGAUGACGGUGAGGGUUCGAAAUUGAAGAGAAAACCUGAUCAUGGUCUGACUACAGAGAAAACUGUCAUUUUAACAGGUAGUGCUGAAGAUUCAGGUAGCUUUGAGGAUGCAACCAGCUUGACAAGUAAGAGUGAAGAAACAUGUGCUGGUGACUCUAGACCAUUGUGUAAAUAUGGAUCAGAGUGCUUCAGGAAAUCACAGUCACACUUGAACGAGUUCAGGCAUACAGCUAAAAGAAAGAGUGACACUGCAGAUGGUCCUGCUGCUGUUAAGAAGGCUAGACUAGGAAACGGCACAAAGAAGAGUGCGUGUGAAAUAGUGGAUGAGAAUCAGCCGUUCAGUUUCUACCUCACCAAGGUUACAGGAAUUGAUCACAAAUACAAUGAAUUUGCUGCUAUUAAUAUAAAAGAUAUUUUGUCACCUAGUAUGGGAAAACUUAAAGAAUCCUGUCAGUUCAGCUUUAUGAUUGACAUAAACUGGCUAAUGAAUCAAUAUUCAAAGGAAUUUAGGAAUUUGCCGCUUUUGAUAGUACAUGGUAAACAGCGGGCUGAGCUAGCAACAUUUUUAUCUGAAGCCUCUCCUUACCCCAACAUCACUUGUUGCCAGGCAAAGUUAGAAAUGUAUGGAACACAUCAUUCGAAGAUGAUGUUUCUUCUGUACGAUAAUGGAAUGAGGGUUGUGAUUCACACUGCUAAUUUGGUUGAGGGUGACUGGUACCAGAAAACACAAGGUGUAUGGGUCAGCCCAUUGUUUCCAAAACUGGCCCCAGGAGCCACUAAUAGUGGUGCAAAUAUUGUUGGAGACUCUCCUACCCAUUUCAAAGAGGACCUUCUAGAAUAUCUGGAAUCAUACAGGUCCCCAAAAAUGAAGGUUUGGGAAAAACACAUCCACAGUCAUGACAUGUCAAGUGCCAAGGUUUACAUCAUUGGUUCUGUGCCUGGAAGGCAUACCUCUGUCAAGAAAAAUAGUUUUGGACAUCUGAAACUUAGAAAAGUUUUACAAGAGAACGGGCCUGAUGCUGCUACAUUAAAAAACUGGCCUGUGAUUGGUCAGUUUUCCAGUAUUGGGUCUCUUGGAUCAACGAAAGACACCUGGCUGUGCAAAGAAUGGCUGCAAUCUCUGUCUGCUGCAAGAGGACUUUCAGGGCCUACACCAGAGAAUAAUUUGCUUUUGGUGUUUCCAUCUGUAAACAAUGUAAGAUCGAGUCUGGAGGGAUAUAUGGCUGGAGGAUCGAUUCCUUAUCAUUUCAAGACUGCCAAGAAACAGUUGUAUCUUCAUCAGUUUUUUCGACAGUGGAAGUCAGAAGGCCGUGGUCGAAGCUGUGCUUCUCCUCACAUUAAAACAUACAUCCGUCCAUCUCCUGAUUUCACAGAAGCAGCCUGGUUUCUCGUUACAAGUGCCAAUUUAUCAAAAGCAGCUUGGGGUGCCUUUGAAAAGAAUUGCAGUCAGCUGAUGAUCAGAUCAUAUGAAAUUGGAGUACUUUUCCUGCCAAAAUAUUUUGGUACGUUAAAACUGACCACCGAUGCAGAAGCAGCAGCCUCCUCUUCAAAGCCUUUGUUUCCACUGCCCUACGACUUGCCACUCACCAGAUACAACAAAGGAGAUCGUCCCUGGAUGGUGGACAUUCCUUGUGUUGAUCUUCCAGACACUCAUGGAAUAAUGUGGUGUCCACCAGUAGAUGACUUGUGAUGUUUUCCUGCUACACCAUGCGUACAUUCAUAAAGAACUGUAUACUGCCCAGUGUCUUUCAUCUGUCAUCAAUUUCUGUUGAUGAACAUUUGACAUCAAUGUUUAAAUAUUUACUAUUCUAUGAAUUUAUUUUUUAGUUUGAAUUCAUAGACCUUGUUAUAAGUCAUUCCUUUGGAAAACAAAUUUCAGUACAAAAUAAAUAUUGGUGGUUUUAUAUAAUUAUGUACGGUAUUAAAAUGCUGAAGAGCAUCUACAGAAGCCAUUUGAUUGGAUUCUAUUUUGGUAUACAGGUAGUUUGGUCAGCAACACCAAAGCAUUGUACUCUAAUCAUGUGAACAUUUACCAUGAAGAGUAAGAAAAAUCACAUUCUACAGAUCAUUGUGGCUUGGGCCACCCUUUAUUAUGUAUGUGAAGUGAAUAGUGGAUUAUCAGCACUAAUACCCUUUAUGAAUAUCAUAUAGAAAUCUGCGACAGUUUAAAAAAUCUGUUUAUAAAAUAACGGGUUUACAAAUUUGGAUCAAACUCAUUGGAAAACUAAAUAUAUGCUUGUUAGUUGGUAUUAGUUUAUUAUAUUUAGUAUUGUACAUCUGUUAUAGUUAUAUUGUAAUCAUGUUUUUGCGCAAGGUCAUUCUACAAAGUAUUAAAUCUAUAAGCAAAU